GAAAAAUGGCUUCUGGAAAUGGUUCUUUCAUUACUGAAUUUAUUCUCAUGGGUUUAACCAAUCGACCAGAACUUCAACUUCCCCUGUUCUGUCUGUUUCUAGUAAUGUAUAUGAUCACCAUGCUAGGAAAUCUGGGUUUGAUAUUAUUAAUUGGGUUGAAUUCACAUUUACACACCCCAAUGUACUUUUUCCUCUUUAAUUUGUCCUUUGUAGACCUCUGUUAUUCUUCUGUGUUUACACCCAAAAUGCUGGUUAAUUUCAUAUCAGAGAAGAAUAUUAUCUCCUACAUGGGUUGCAUGACUCAACUAUUUUUCUGCUUUUUUGGUAUUUCUGAAUGCUAUGUGCUCAUAUCAAUGGCCUAUGAUCGCUAUGUGGCCAUCUGUAACCCACUCAUGUACAACAGUGCCAUGUCUCCUAAGGUGUGUUCCAGCCUUAUGUUUGGUUCAUACUUGAUGGCAUUUUCUGGAGCCAUGGCACACACAGGGUGCAUGUUGAGACUGACUUUCUGUGAUGCAAACAUCAUCAACCAUUAUUUUUGUGACAUCCUUCCUCUGCUUCAGCUUUCCUGCACAAGCACCUAUGUCAACGAGCUAGUAGUUUUCAUUGUGGUGGGCAUCAACAUCAUUGUGCCCACUGUCACCAUCUUUGUCUCUUAUGGAUUCAUCCUCUCCAGCAUCCUCCGCAUCAGCUCCAAAGAAGGCAGGUCCAAAGCCUUCAGUACCUGCAGCUCCCACAUUAUUGCUGUUUCUCUCUUCUUUGGAUCAUGUAUAUUUAUGUAUCUCAAACCGUCUUCUGCUGGGUCAAUGGGUGAGGGAAAAGUAUCUUCUCUUUUUUACACAAAUACAGUUCCAAUGAUGAACCCCUUAAUUUAUAGCUUGAGAAACAAAGAUGUUAAACUUGCUAUGAGAAAAACUCUCAGAGGGAAAAAGUUUUGA